AUGGAUUUCAACCUGCUGGCAGAUGCGGAGGCUCGCAGCCCAGCCUUGUCUCUCUCUGACUCUGGGACCCCUCAACACGAGCACAGCUGCAAAGGGCAGGACCACAGCGACACCGAGAAGUCCCAGCAAAACCAGACAGACGACUCCAACCCUGAGGACGGCUCGCUCAAGAAGAAGCAGCGGAGGCAGAGGACGCACUUCACCAGUCAGCAGCUCCAGGAGCUGGAAGCCACUUUCCAAAGGAACCGUUACCCAGACAUGAGCACCAGGGAGGAGAUCGCAGUCUGGACCAACCUGACGGAGGCACGAGUCCGGGUCUGGUUCAAGAACCGCAGAGCUAAGUGGAGGAAGCGGGAGAGGAACCAACAGGCAGAACUGUGCAAGAACAGCUUCGGAGCCCAGUUCAACGGACUGAUGCAGCCUUACGACGACAUGUAUUCCAGCUAUUCCUACAACAACUGGGCCACCAAGGGGCUUGCCACCAGCCCGCUCUCAGCCAAGAGCUUCCCGUUUUUCAACUCCAUGAAUGUCAGUCCCCUCUCCUCCCAGCCCAUGUUCUCCCCACCCAGCUCCAUCUCCUCAAUGACCAUGCCUUCAUCCAUGGUCCCUUCUGCGGUGACCGGAGUACCGGCCUCCAGUCUCAACAACCUGGGAAACAUCAACAACCUAAACAGCCCAAGCCUCAACUCUGCUGUCUCAUCCAGUGCCUGUCCUUAUGCCUCAACAGCCAGCCCCUACAUGUACAGGGACACGUGCAACUCCAGCCUGGCCAGCCUGCGGCUGAAGGCCAAGCAGCACGCUAACUUCACCUACCCGGCGGUGCAGACAGCAGCUUCCAAUCUGAGCCCUUGCCAAUACGCCGUGGACAGGCCUGUAUGA